AUUGAUGUCAUAGGUCUGACAUAGGUGAAAAAUCAGGUUUAUUGGAUCAGCUCAUCACUUGUACUGGUUUCGACAAUACAUCCGAAAAGCUGUUUGAACUUGCAGAUGGAAACACCUUGAAUGCGUCCAGGUAAACAAUGAAAAGCAAACAUAAUUCAAAACAGCAAAAAUAACCCACACAUUACCUUUUUCUUUUAGCCUCUUCACUAUCAGUGCCAUAAUAGAGAUGUUUGUGGAUGGCGAAAUACAGCAAGAGACAGAGCAAGAAACUGCUUUUUUCUUAGUCAUUUCCCCUGAUGAGACCACAUUUGACUUUCAUGGAUGCCUUCGACCUCUAAUAUACGAGGACAAUUAUGACAGUGACAGCGAUAUGGAUAACGGGAUUGUGGACGAUCAGAACACUGACUGUGGUGCUCGUUCCAAAACAUGCAAGAUAACUUCGUUCACCAAAGUACCACCCAUUCUUCAUAUUUUCUUAGAGGACCCCAAUCAAUAUUCUAUUGGAGUACAUACGGCUGCGGGCGGUCGACAUAAUCGAUACAAAGUGGAAAAAACCAUCUAUAUGGAUCGCUAUCUUCACGCGAAUAGAGAUAAAGUGCUCAAGAUAAAUCAGGAGAUACGUAAUGCGAAGGCAAAGGUCACUAGGACCAAGGAAAGGUUAAAUUACUACAACAGAAACUGUCGCGAUCAUACGGCCAUCGAAUACCUUGAACAUACACUCAGUUACUUUCAUUCACAAGAUUCAAAUGAUGAUACAAUUGCCGUUGAAAAGCUAAUCAAUCAAGUGAAGCAAGAUAUUGAAAACGGAAAUAAAGAAUUGGAGGAAGCGGAGCAUAAUCUUCAUCACCUUUCUGAAGCCAUGUUCACUUGUACUGGACUAUUACAGUGCAAAUAUACCCUUCAUGCCAUACUUAUGCAUGAUGGAGGAAAUGGGACGGGUCAUCACUGGGCAUAUAUUAAUAUGAAGACAAGUGGGAUUGAAAUUCAAGAAGAUACCAAGACAUGGUUCAGAUGCUGUGAUGCUUCGGUUGUCCCAUGCACAGAGGAAGAGGUCCUUGAAGACGAAGCUCUUGUCUACUCGCUGAUAUAUAUCAAUGAAGACGUCGAAAAUUUGGAUAUUCCCAACGUUAGUGACAUUAUAUCACCCAGCUUGAAGACGCACGUGAUGGAAGAUUGCGACUCUUUUGAGGAAGAACUAGAAACAAUGCACAAUGUGGAAGUUACUUUUAAUGAUCAGAUACAUGCCUCAGACGAUGAGGAAGAUGAUGAUGAUACGGCGUCGGUUGCUUUGGACUCUUCUCCUGAUUUGGUAGAUACCAGCAGUGACACUCAAAAAGCCGAAUGGGUGGAAGAAUGUCUAAUGCGCAUCCAACAAGAAGAGUCGAGAAUACCAGGGGACCAUUAUCGAGUGAUCGAAAGUCUUGAGAUAUUCCUCGCCAAAUUCGGAGAAAUUAGUGCCUUGCGGUACCUUUUGGAAAAUUUCGGAUCAGCCUUCAACAACUUAGCACCAGAGGAAGCUGGACAGGUUUUGACGUCCAUGAAAACGGAUCCUAUGCUAGAGUGGCAGUACCAUCUGUACCAAGACUACGUAACUAUAGCGGAGAUAAUUAGUCAAGCAGUUGAAAUGAUUACGCAACAUCAGGAUGAAACGGCUUUGAAGUAUUUGGUGAUUGCCAAGGAACAAACGGUGAAAUGGAAGGAAUAUUUGUGGCGAAGGAGUCAUGCCAAUAAUAUCGACGCAUUGUUCGACGGGCCGUCAUUUUUGUUGACCAUUCAAAAGCUUGGAAAACACGUAUUAUCGGUGUCAAACGCCAAAGCAUAUGCGAAAGCUAGCAAUGAAGCAUACAGAAAACGAGGAUUUGAAGAUGCCAUCCGGAUAUCAAAAUAUGCUCAAGCAUUGUUGGACCCCGAAUCUCUCGAACAUGAUCCGUUUUACAAUCACCUACAAGAGCAAUGGCUAAGCUUUACAGACACCAUCACCGACUCGCUUGAUGAACAGCAAGCUGAACUAUUCAACACGCUGGUCAUGAGCUUUCUAGAAUAUCAGGGCAUGGAUAAUCGAGAUUUGGAGAUCACGAAACAGGAGCAAGGUUCUACCGAAGAUUUAAAUUUACGACAGCCUGCAUGGGAGAGAUAUCGAGAUGCUAUGGGCAAAGUGGAUCAAAUACUCCUUUCUGAAGCUUGAUGUUUCUCCUCCAAUUUUGACAAAAUACCCGGAAAUUUUUGGUUCUCUUGACCCAAGGUUCCUAAAAUAGUGAUAUCUAGUUUUUUUCAUAAUGACAAUAAGCCAAUUAGAAUUAUGAUAUGUCCGUUUAACAUUGUAUCUUUGUCCAUUUGCUUCCCAACUACGUAUGACGGGUCACUAAACUAUAGCAUUAAAGCUUGGUCUCUCCUCGGUGCGUUACAAUCACUGGUUCAUCUCCCCGCUGAUCACCAACUUAAAAAAUCUAAUUUUCGCCUUUUUUUUUUCCUUCAUAAAUACUCUUUUUCACUGGCACUUGAGUAUUCCUGUAUCAAAGUGAACUAUGCUAGUAAAGACGUAUACCUUGGCAAUCCUUGUUGCAGCCAUGAUGGCGACAUCACAAGCAGCGACAAAU